AUGUCUUUAGACGACAUUAUCAAGCAGAACAGGCGCGGAGGAGGAGGCCGUGGUGGCAGAGGCAGGGGCCGCGGAGGCUCUGUAGGAGGCCGCGGUGCUGGGCGUCCUGGCGGUGGAGGAGGAUUUGGAGGACGAGGCGGCGGAUCGGGCCCCAUGAGGAGCCGACAGAACCUGAGCCGAGCCCGGGGCAGACCGACACCUUAUAGCAGGUUUUGGACAUUUCUCCAUCAUGGCCCUUGUGUGGCUUUGGAAUGGACUGUGAUCUGGAAAAGGGCCGGUGCACCGCUGGAGCCGACGCUGAUCAGACGGGACGCCCUGUACCUGGAGAUCAGUUCUGGAGGGUCUUUGUUGGAGCCUAAACAGCUUCCAGACAAAUGGCAGCACGACAUGUAUGACAACAGCUUUGGUGGAUUCAACGGAGCAGCUGGGGGUGGCGGAGCUGGUGUUGAAACUGGUGGAAAACUUCUGGUCUCCAAUCUCGACUUCGGUGUGUCAGACGCAGACAUUCAGGAACUUUUUGCAGAAUUUGGUACAUUAAAAAAGGCUGCAGUCCAUUACGACCGUUCCGGAAGAAGCUUGGGAACAGCAGAUGUUCACUUUGAAAGAAGGGCAGAUGCUUUAAAGGCAAUGAAGCAGUACAAUGGAAUCCCACUCGAUGGCCGGCCUAUGAAUAUACAGCUUGUCACGUCACAGAUCGACACACAGAGGCGGCCAAUGCAGGGGGUCAGUCGAGGAGGAGGAGGAGGAGGUGGAGGUGGUGGUGGUGGCAUGAUGAACAAAAGUCGUGGUGGAUUUGGUGGAAUGCAAAACAGACCAAGGGGCCGAGGCAGGGGGGCCAGUGGUCCUAGGGGACGUGGGAGGGGUGGACGCGGUGGUGGUGGACCUAACCGACAACAGCUGUCUGCAGAAGAACUUGACGCUCAGUUAGAUGCCUACAAUGCCAGAAUGGAAACGAGUUAA